GCGUAAUUUCAUGAGUGUAACAGUGCAAAGAAACAGGGAGAUAGGCAAGAUUCUCACCAGCUACUCUUAAGCCAAGGGACCAUAACGUGGGCUGUGCCUCCGGGCCCCAGAGAGCAGCAGGGGCAGAAGCAAGAGUGAUGGGGAGUCCAGGGAUGUGACAGGUCACCCUGGUUUGGAGGCCCAGUGAAGGAGAGUCUCUUGGACUUUUAAAGGUGUAGGUGUGCGGACACGACAGGGCGCACUAUGAGCCUCGGAAAGCUCCCCGUGAUCAGCUGGGUGUCAGGCUCCCAUGGCAAGCGGCGGAUGAAGGCAGAGCUGACCCCAGAUAUGAUCAGCCCUCCACUGGGGGACUUCCGGCACACCAUGCACGUGGGACGCGGUGGAGACGUCUUCGGGGACACCUCCUUCCUCAGCAACCAUGGUGGGCCUGACACAGCCAAGGCCAACAACUUCUUCGUCCGGACCCUGAGGCACGUCCGCCGGACACCACUGAGGAGCCGGGGCAGCGUGAGCCAAGCAGAGCCGUCGCCUCCACCGCCACUUGUCUCACCUAUCAUCAAGAACGCCGUGUCAUUGCCGCAGCUCAAUGAGGGCAUGUAUGAUGGGGGCAGCAACGGCGGGAGUAGCUUGACCAGCAAGUUCUCCUUCAAAAGUGCUUCCAACAGCUUCUCCAAAACACACCAGGCCUAUGGGCUGGAGUCUGGAUUUUGCACCAUCCCUCGUGUCCCUCGCUUGGAAAAGGCCCAAGAGAGCACCUUCCCUGGGGAAACAGAGCUCACGCACUCGGACUCCCUGCUUUCCUUCCGCCUGGACCUGGGGCCCUCCCUCAUGAGUGAGCUCCUCCAGGUGAUGAGCUUCUCUGAAACCAAUGGAAAUGAGGCAGGGGAUGGUGGCCAAGACCUGCCUGGUGAGCACGUUCUCCUGCAUGGUGAGGAAACUGAGGACAAAGACCCUCCUGGAUCAAGCAAGCCCCGUGGAGAGGGCAAGGCAGUAUCCAGCUACUGGGACCACUCUGGGCAAACUAACCUGUCCAAGACCAGCUCACUGCUAGGACUCACUGCCCAUGCCAAUGGAGAGGCACAUGCUCUUGAGCACAUAGGAGAGGACCCUGACAAAGUUAAGGGCUCUGGCUGGGCUUCGGGGCUGGCAGAGGGGUCAGGAGCAGUGUCCAAAGGGAGCCUGUGGCAGGGACAUUGGAAUGACUGCACCAUAGAGGCGGGAGAGUUUGACCGGGCAGCCCAAGUCCUGGCUCGCCAUUAUGGCGGGACGAGCACCCCGCGUAGCUCAGAGGAAAAGGACAAGGGUACCCAACAGGCCCGAACCCAGGCCUUGUGGGAGAGCCCCAGCAGCAGCUCGUGGCGGUCCCAAGUGACAACAGAGAGCCGGUCCCUGGAGGGCCCGUGGAACCAAGAAGAGGAGGAAGAGGAGGAGGAAGAGAAUGAGCUCUCGAGCCUGCAAGAAGGGGACACUGGCACCCAGGAUGGCCGCAGCAAUUCCUUCGAGUAUGCUGAUGAGGAGGAAGAUGACGAAGUCAAGGUGUGAACAACCAUUCCUCCCAUCAAGGCCCCCUUCCAAAGACAGCAGUGCCAUGAUCUUCACUCUUCUCCCCAUCCCCUUCCUUUAAAUGCCAGCUCCAUAAGAGAGCUGGCAACAGACUCAAUGAGCGAACUCCUGGCUGAGUCAUGCUCCUCUGGAGAUGUGCCAAACUGAGGGCAGUGGGGGGCAGGAAGGGACAAGGGGUGGAGGAGGGUAGUC